AUGUUGGGACUAAGAACUUCUUUCAGAAGCUCCUUGCAGACCAUGAAGGCUCAGUCGAGACUUCUGUCGUCUUCCGUUGUGUCGGCCAAAUCCACUUACAGAACCCCCGACUUUGGCGACUAUAUCAAGGAGAAACAAGAUGCGGACAAGAGCCGUUCUUACGCUUACUUUAUGGUCGGUUCUUUGGGUCUUCUAUCGUCUGCGGGUGCCAAGUCGACGGUGGAGACUUUCAUUACGUCGAUGUCUGCUUCUGCGGACGUUUUGGCCAUGGCUAAGGUCGAAGUUAACCUUGCAGCUAUUCCAGAGGGAAAAAAUGUGGUUGUCAAAUGGCAAGGUAAACCUGUUUUCAUCAGACACAGAACCGCUGGUGAGAUUGACGAGGCCAACACCGUCCAAAUGUCUGCUCUAAAGGAUCCACAGACUGACGCUGACAGAGUGAAAAAACCAGAGUGGUUGGUCAUGUUGGGUAUUUGCACACAUUUGGGUUGUGUGCCUAUCGGAGAGUCUGGGGACUUUGGCGGCUGGUUCUGUCCUUGCCACGGUUCGCACUACGAUAUUUCCGGUAGAAUCAGAAAGGGUCCAGCUCCUUUGAACUUGGAAAUCCCAGAAUACGAGUUUGACGAUCAAAAGCUAAUUGUCGGUUAA